AUGCAGACCAGAGGUGGUGGACACUACAACUACACCAUACCCGUUUAUUCGCCAGGAGAUGAUAGCCUACGGGCAAUCAUCAAUAGAUACCGACCGAAGUUGGAGCCAUUCGAAGAUCUGUAUCGCUAUUUUCACAGCUCACCCGAGUUAUCCUCUCAAGAAGAAGAGACAUCGGCUAUCGCUGUAGACGAUCUUAGAAAGCUAGAAUACGAGGUCCAUACACAUAUUGGUGGAUAUGGCGUUGCCGGCAUCCUUCGCAAUGGCGAUGGGCUAGCCGUUCUUCUUCGAGCAGAUAUGGACGCUCUGCCUUUAGAGGAAAAGACCGGACUACCCUACGCUAGCCGCAAAGUCGUUAAUGGCAAAGAUGGAGUAGAAAAGCCAGUGAUACAUGCCUGUGGUCACGAUACACAUGUGACAAGCCUCAUGGCUGGUGCUGAACUUUUGCAUGCCGCCCGAGAUCACUGGUCCGAUACUGUAAUCUAUGGUUUAUAUGAGAAGAUUCCUAAACCAGACGUUGUCCUGUCGCAGCACGUUAUGAGGAUGAAAACAGGCACCGUUAGUAUUCAUUCCGGUCGGCUGCUCACGUCGGCUGAUGCAUUCGACGUGUGCAUAUACGGACGCGGUGGACACGGCUCGGCUCUUCAGACAUGUAUCGAUCCCAUCGGCAUCGGCGCAACAAUUAUCACGCGCCUGCAAACUAUCGUGAGUCGUGAAGUGAUCCUGGGAGAAAUGGCAGUCGUCAGCUGUGGAAGUAUCCAAGCCGGCCAUGCAGCAAACAUUAUCCCCGACCAGUUGGAUCUCAAGUUUUGUGUUCAGGCGUACGAUCCCAAAGUCCGUGAACGUGUUCUAUCCACCUUUGAGAGAAUUAUAGAGGCAGAAUGUCAAGCUGCGGGCGUUGUUGAGAAGCCCCUUAAUAAGAGUACACUCUCUGCUCCGGCUACUAUCAACGAUAAAGCCACCUCUUCCUCCGUCCUUGCGACGUCGGUAGAAGCACCCGAAGUUGCUGUUGACCAGUUGUCUUAUAACCACCAUUUAUUUACUCCAGUGAUUAGACCAACUAUCUGCACUACGAUUGAUGCAAUCGCUCUUGGUGCGCUGACUUUCUUAAAGCAGGACUAG